AUGAAUAGUAAUAGCAGCAGCAGCAGCAGCAGCAGCAGCAACAACAACAACAGCAGCAGCAGUAGAAGAACAAGAAACGACAGCGCAUCAGCAUUCGUCGACGGAACAACAACAACAACGACGACAGGCGACGCAAACAUCAACUCCAAGACCACGACAGCGCCGACCGAGACAGACUCGACGAUACCCCCCUUCAGCGCCGCCGACCUCGUCGACCUCUCGCCCGUGCCCACCCUCGUCGUCUCGCCCUCGUUCCGCAUCCUGCGAGCGUCCCAAGGCGUCGUCGACGCGUGGAAGUGCCGCCCCGACGAGCUGCUGGGCAAGGACCUCUUCGCCACGCUGUACGGGGGCUCGCCGCUCGAGCGCUUCGACCGCAUCCCGCUGGCGGCGGCCAUCGAGGUGGCCGUGGCCUCGCGCAAGUUCAACCUGUGCCACGGCGCCUACGCGGCGCACGGCGUGUCGUACUCGGCGCGCAUCAUCCCGAUCCUGCGCGGCGACCAGCUGCUGUCGCUGGUGCUGGAGUGGGACGAGAUCGAGCCGACGACGGCCGAGACGCGCGGCGAGAUCAUCCAGCACGCGCUGUCGGUGGACGAGGUGCUGCGGCUGCUGAUCCAGACGGUCAAGGACUACGCCAUCUUCCUGCUCGACACGCGCGGCUACGUGGCCACCUGGAACACGGGCGCCGAGCUGCUCAAGGGCUACAGCAAGGAGGACAUCGUCGGCCGGCACUUUUCCAACUUCUACGGCCGCGAGGACCUCGACGCCGGCAAGCCCGAGGCCGAGCUCAUCACCUGCCUGCGCGAGGGCCGCGUGCAGGACGAGGGCUGGCGAUACCGCAAGGACGGCAGCCGCUUCUGGGCCAACGUCACCAUCACGGCCAUCUACCGCAACGGCGUCCACGUCGGCUUCGGCAAGGUGACGCGCGACCUGACGGAGCGCCGCGAGGCCGAGCUGCGGCUCGUGGCGGCGUACGAGGAGAGCGCAAAGCUCAAGAACGACUUCCUGGCCAACAUGAGCCACGAGAUCCGCACGCCCAUGCACGGCAUGCUGUCGGCCUGCGCGCUGCUGCUCGACACCCCCCUGAGCGACGACCAGCGCGACACGGCCAACAUCAUCUCCGAGUCGGGCCAGGUGCUGCUGCAGGUCAUCAACGGCAUCCUCGACUACUCCAAGCUGGCGUCGGGCAACUUCUCCGUCAACACGGACCUGGUCGGCGUCGCCAGCAUCAUCACGUCCGUCGUCCGCAACGUCCAGAUGACGCUGCUGCCGGGCGUCUACAUCAAGCUGCUCCUGUCGCCGGACCUGCCCAAGUCCGCCCAGGGCGAUCCGCUGCGCUUCCGCCAGAUCUUCCAGAACAUCAUCGACAACGCCGUCAAGUUCACCGAGGCCGGGUCCGUCCAGGUGGCCGCCUCGGUGACGAGCCAGGACGACACGUACUACACGAUCCUGACCGAGGUUACCGACAGCGGCAUCGGCGUGCCCGAGGAUGCCGUGCAGAAUCUCUUCAAGCCCUUUACCCAGCUCGAGAAGCCGACCAAGAAGCGAUAUCAGGGAACGGGCCUGGGGCUAUCCAUCGCCAAGUCCCUCGCCGAACUGCUGGGUGGCCAGAUGGGCUACCGACCGAAUCGCGAGCGCAACGGCAGCGUCUUCUGGUUCACCGUCAAGCUCAAGAAGAUUGCCAACCUCAACCAGCUCGAUGCCCCUGACAAGGCGGAGCGCGAGAGCGAAAAGUCCCGCCAGGACGCAGAAAAGGAACGCAUGAUGCAGCGGAUCAAGGAACUGGCGCCACGGAAGCGAAUCCUCGCAGCCGAGGACAAUCUUGUCAACCAGAAGGUGCUGGCCCGCGUCCUCAAGUCUCUCGGUUUCCACAACACUACCAUUGCUGCCAACGGGGCAGAGGCCGUCUCGACGUUGAAAGCUUCACCCAACACCUACGACCUGGUCCUCAUGGACAUUAGCAUGCCCGUCAUGGACGGAUUCGAGGCGACGAGGAAGAUUCGGACUCAGGGGAUCCCGAUUCCAAUCAUUGCCAUGACCGCGUACGCUCUGCGAGGAGAUAGCGAAACCUGCCUAGAAAAGGGCAUGGACGAUUACAUCUCCAAGCCGGUCAACAUCAACAAGCUACUGCAAAAGUUGCUCCAUUGGUUGGAUUCGUCUGAGUGGUCCAACAGCCCGACCAACGGGCCGCCUUGA